GUGCCGCCAGUGCCCUCCGCACGGCACUGAUAGCUGGUGUCUGGCUUGUUCGGGGGUGGAGUCUCUUCGAACUGAGCUGGCUGGCCGCUGGGCCACGCCCGGGCUGAGAAAGGUAGCGGAGGAACUGGUGAUCAGUGCUACCCGCGGCGUGGUAGCCCUCCGUGAGCUUUCAGCCAGCCUAGAGAGCGCUGGGAGAUCCCGUGCAGCUCCGCCUCCACCUCCGGUGCCUCGUGGAGAAGCAGCUGGAGAGAGGCCCAGAUCUUCAAGGGUCUGCGAAACAAGCCGUGAACGUCCUGCAGAAGUUGCAAAGCGUGAGCAGGAGGACGAAGAGGAGUACGACGAGGAAGAAGAAGAAGAGGAGGAGUGCGAAGAGGAUACAGUCAGAUCCCCUUCCAUCAAAGGAGUGAAGGCCAAGUCGGAUCCUUCAAGGAAGCCACCCGAGAGCGCCCCUUUGCUGGCCAUCGGCCGCGCGAAGAACGGCGUGGGGAUGCUGGUGGAAGAAGGUAAAGAAUACAACAUUGAACGGGCAGUAGAAUGGGAAUCUCUGGCAUUGAACCGUGGAGAUGUGUUGGAAGUGCAUCUACCCAGUACAGAUUGUGGAUGCACCGGAGACCUGUGGUCCGGUUUCUGGGUGAAACGUGCCUUGAUUCAGGCCACAGGAGAAUACAUGGUGGUGGUGAAAAGCUUGGGUUGCAGCGAUCCAGAUUGGGCCAAGUACUUCUCAAACCAAUUCAACAGAAAGAAAGGCACCAUUCAUCUCUGCACAACAACUCCUUGUGUGGUGACCGAGGAUUACAGCAUGCACGUCACCCGCCUCAGGGUUUUCACAACGGGCGCCUUUGCGCGACCCUACAUGGGCAGCUACAUCAAGCGGCAAAUCAGCAAGUGGGAAGAAGAGGAGCUUUCAGACGAGGGAGACGGGGUGGACAUCUCUGGGGAUCCUCCCCGUCGAGAUGGCCCCGACGACGCAGACAAAGAGGCAGAGGGGCCUGGUGCAGUCGAUCCUCGAAUCAGGCCGACGCCGAAAGCCGACGCGGUCCCCGCAGGAGCCCCCCGUUUGGGGGAGCGGCCAAAGAAAGAACGCUCAAAGAAACCUAUGGAGGAGAAAGAGAGGCACAUGUUACGACAGCGGCUGGAGGCAGCCAGGGCAAAGAUGUUGGAUCGUGGGGCUGGGACUCCCGCUGGCCACGCGGCCGAGCCCGGGACUUAUGCGGAAGCCCUUGCCGUGGAGUCAUCCUCGCCAGGAUAUUCAGCCUCCGAACCUUGGGGGGACGACCUUCAGGUGAAGGAGGAUAUAGGGCCAGAGGGCGCCCCCAACAAGAAGAAGAAGAGAGAGCCCGAGACAAGGGCAAAAGAUAUUGCCAAGAAGAAGAGACGAAGGGUGAGAGAGCCCAACGAUUCUGGAAAGGGCGCCAGAGGGGCAGACCUUCCAGCUCUGGAGGAUAUAAGAGGAAAUACUACGAAGAACUUGCAGAGCCAAUUGAUCCAAGUCGCGGCAGAGAAUGCGAAAGAGAAGGAACAGAAGGAUCGGAAGGAGAAGAGACGUCAUCAGAAGAAGACCCCAGCGCAUCAACUUGCCAAGAUCCUUGCGCUGGCCAUGGGAAAGAAGAAGAACAACAGAUCAGAGGCUUCAACCGACUCGCAAGAGGGGUCCAAGAAGAAAAAGAAGAAAGACAAGAAGAGGAGGAAGAAGAAAGGGACAGACGAGAGCCCGAGUCCAGAUGGGGGGAGCUCUCGGACCACGAGUUCAGAGAAAGACUACGACGAUGCUUCUUCGAGUUCAAGCUCCAAGCACAAGAUGGAUCCGCCGCUGACCCGCAAGUCGAAGCGCAAGCCGGGCAGUGUGCUGGCUAUGCUGCUGGAACAUGCGAGGUCUCAGUUGGAUCAAAAUGCAAAGGUAGGAGUUGGCAGCGAGGAGACCCUUACGUUGAGCAGUGGAGUUCGCAUGGGCAGCUACUUCGCCAUCGUAGUGCGACCCCAAGUGGGGGGCGCCAUGGGACAGGCUCGAGAGCUGCAUCACUUGGCGCAAGCCAUAGACCUUCUCAAGGGUGGAAGCUUGGACACUUUGGGAGACGUUUUAGCAGGACGUUUCAUGAGCAUACAUCAAAGUGUUCUAGACGGGUCGUGGAGCACAGCCCGCCACCUGGAGCUUCGCCCGUUGGAAGAAGGUUCAGCAGCAGGGCCGGCUAUAGUCCUAGCAGCCAAGAAACAUGCGCGGCUGGCGGCGCGCGUGGCGCCCGGAGAGGCGUGGACUUGGCAAUCAGGAGAGAAUUCCCGAAAAGUGAGGAGAGUGCAAGUGGAUGAGGUUGCGCUGGCUUCAGCCGGGCUGCAAGAAAGUGGAACUGGAGGCGAUACAGUGGGUUUACAACUGGCUCAUUUGAAACAGCUUGGGCAUUCGUGCACGACCUUUGCUCAGUUGGGUUGUGCUUUGGCUUGGCUUGCAAUAGCCGGUGUGAACUUGCCCCAGUUUGACAUGGUCACAAAAGAAUUCAUGGCUUUGUGGUCAGAUACAACUGCCAAGACCAAACCAAGCCCCGACAAGAAAAGGGGAUUGGUUUUUCCUAUAAAGGAGGGAGAGCUACAGUCGAUCGUUCAGGUCUUCGCUGGAAUGGCGCUGGUGGAAUGCACCGAUGCUGCCAUAGCGGAUACAUGGUCACGUACGGCAUGGGUCUACGUGAUGGUGUGCGCCUUAAACCGUUUGGCUGGUAAACGGGCGCGACCAGAAGCAGGUCGAUGGACGUUGCUUGAACGCCGCGCUGUUGCGUCUUUGGAUGAUGCAGUGCAGCGACGUAGCAACUUCAACGUGGCUUACCCGACUUCGGAAGUUGGCUGGCAAAAAGAUAUGGGCAGCCGUCGGGUUGGCUAUGGGGGUGAAGAACAGUCAAUAUGCCAUGAGUUGACAUGGGAUCAGGUGGCGCCAGCGUUGCCACCACGUGCACAUGGGGGUUGUGUUGAUUGUUUGUUAUGGGUUUGCCCUAGAACCAGGGAGUUUUUAUUGCAUCCAGAGUGGCUGAUCAAAGAUGACAAGGACAUUGAACUCCCUAAACUCCCGGGAAAGGUUCACGUCAAAAAGGGUGAUUUGAUGAAGAUCGCUGAGGAGCUGGUGGUUCGUAACGUUUGUGACUGGGUUCCACUGAACAAAGUUCAAAAGGCUGGUGUGAUUUCGUCAGAUAAGAAGCGGGUUUCUGGAGCAGACACUGCAGUUGAAUUAGGAUCGAUUGAGGUUGCUCAUGAACUCACGGCAGAAGGUCGUGACUUCCUUGGUGGAGUGGAAUCCAAGAAGGCAGACAUCAAAGACACUCCAGCAGAACUUUUGUUGAUCAGCCUGUUUAACGGGAUCGGAGGAGCAUUCCGUGCUUACGACCUAUUAGGGGUGGAACCAGCAGGUCGCAUUGCAGUGGAACUGGACGACGCGGCAAACAGAGUUACAACUAGAAGAUGGCCAGGGGUGACGCUGGUGAAGGAUGUGAGAUCAAUUGACAGAGCUAUGGUGCGCCAAUGGAGCUUGAAAUACUUGAAAGUAGCCGAAAUACACCUCUGGGCGGGUUGGCCCUGCGUGGAUCUGUCAGCGGUUAAAUAUGGCCGCAAAAACUUGGAGGGCGAACAUAGCUCACUUUUCUGGGAAAUCCUGAGGAUAAAAGAUCUUCUAGCAGAGGAAUUUGGGACCACUGUCGUGCUGAAACACGUCUUGGAAAAUGUGGCUUCAAUGGACGAAAGUGCAGCUCAUCAGAUUUCUUCGUUUAUGGAGGCAGCGCCCUACAGGUUGGACCCCGUUGAUGCAGUCCCCAUGAGGACUCCAAGGUUGAUUGCUGGCCGUUUCUCUAGGGAAGAACGUAUUCGACAGAGAGCAAAGAUCUUUCUCGAUGACGCUGCUUUGACACCAAAAACUCUUUCCCGUUACUAUCUGGCACUCCGCAAGUUGUUGCCCUAUGUUGAGAAAGCCUCUACAGAAGAUCAACUUGACACUUCUGUAUCCCGUUGGGUACGCCGCAUGUGGCGUGACGGCGAGCCUUUGCUGACAAUAGGGGAUGGCUUAAGUGCCCUCCAUUUUUAUCAACCUUGGACACGCCGCAAGCUGCCUGCGGCAUGGAAACUGUUCAGCAUUUGGCGCCGCAUUGAAGUGCCGAGCCGCGCGCCUCCUUUGACAUGGGCGCUGGUUAAGGCCAUGGCGGCUUAUGAAUGGAGCCGUGACAACUUUGAAAUGGGUGGCCUUUUGUUACUUGCGUUUCACUGCAUGUUGCGAACUGGAGAGUUGCUGCAGGGACCGCGAGUCAAUUUCGGACGCGUUUCAAAGAGUUGUGCAAUCUAA